AAAAGCCAGUAAUGGCUCCAAUCUCCUUCAAUUUAAUGCAUCAAAUUUUGCAAUCAAAAAGGAUUUUGUGAGCACAAAUUUUUAUCAUGGCUGCAAGAAAUUCUACAUCUCCAUACAGACUGCGAAGCUUGGUUACUCUACUUUACCGGUACAGGGUUCCCUCUGUCGACUCGGGUUUACGACACUGCUGCUAUAUGCAGCCAUGUAACUUGGGAAAUAGCUGUUGUCGGGAUCAAGGGCUAAGAUUUAUCAGUGCCAGCUCCAGGGCAUAUAGUCAGCCCAAGUUGGAAAUGGUAAACAUUCAAGAUAAUCAGCUUGUACAGCCACCAUCACCGGCUCCUUCAAAUUCAAGCUUCUCCAAUUGGGUGAAGUGGCUCUUGGGAUCUGUACUGCCAUUACUGCUAUCAUUAUGGAAGACAAACUGGAAUGGUUUCUGGAGUUUGGAAGGUAAGGCGGAAAAGGUUGUAGAAGAAGUGGAAGAUGUGGCGGAGGUGAUUGAAAAAGUAGCUACCACAGCAGAUAAGACAUUAGCCACCGUGGCGGAUUGGCUUCCAGAUGAAAGUAAACUCAAGGAAGCAGCUCUAAUGGCCGAGAAUGUAUCAAGUAUCACGGCGAAGGAUGCUCUCUGUGCUCAGAAUUUAAUUCAUAAGGUUGAAGACUUGAAGCAAGAUUUGGAGGACCUGGAGACGAUGGUUGAACCUGUUGUUCGUAAAAUCAUAGACAAAAAAUAGUAUAAAACAAUUAUUAUUCUAUUAGUGUUAAUUUAAUCUGGGAUUUAUUUUUGUAAUAUUUUUCUUCAAUUUCGAAAAUUGUUAACGUUCUUGAAAAAUAAAGAGACAGAAAUCUGAUAGGAACAGAAAUUUUAGAACAAUAUAAUCUACGAUAUAAACUCCGUAUAAACUAUAGAAUCAGUUUGUAAAUAAUAAUCUCUUAGAAGUA